AUGCUAAGCUCGACGGCAAGGGGCUUGGCCUCUUCCUCUCACUCCUCACCACCAGAUUCUCCUAUAUCCCAGUUAUCCCGCCCUGACCCACGCUGCGUUCAACCAAAUCUUAAUCAAAGUCCAACGAUUCAGUCACAGAGUCCAACAGCGUUCGCGCCGACGCGCUUGACGCCUCCACAACAGCUUGACGACCCGACCAUCGUCACCAGGGAGCCCUCGACACCAGCGUUGGCACCUCUGCAUCGCAGGCAGCAGUCUAGCACGAGCCUGCUGCCUUUGGCCCUGAUUAACCGAGCCACUUCGCCGGAGCGGAGGCAGCAACGGCCUACCCUGGCUAUCGAGAUGCCUUACACCGGCGACGGGAAGAGGACGAAGAGGGUUUCGGACGUAUCAUCUCGCAGCGAGCAAAGUGAAGGGGCUGCGGGAGACAUUUUGUUGUCGCCUUUGAGCAUACGAGGCGCCGAGAGCGCCGUUCCUGGGGAUGAACGCACACCCAUAUCGACAGAAGUGACGCCGACGCGGAACAACAGGACGUCGACUCCGGGAGAGAGGCAGAUCUCGCCGGCCUCGUCAAGAUUCGCCUUCCUCGCCUCGGGCAUGUCCGCAAUAUCGUCGAGGCUUGCACAGUCAUCCCUGAGCCCCUCGGCCAAGUCGAACGAGCCUCAAGAUGAUCUGUCAAGCCUGAAUGUGGAGGCUGCGCUGUUCCCCGCUGGCGCCCCGGCCGUGGGCGAUACUUUCUCCCCAGCCGCCUACAAGAACCUACAGGUCAACGCCGUGGCUCUCGCCCGCCGUCUUCAAAACGGGUACACGGAGCAGGCCAGAGCACUACGUGAACUGAGCGCCGAGCGAGAGGCCGAUCUCGAGGAGAUGGAGGAGGCGACCACCCGCGCUACGCACCUCAAGAUGCAGCUCGAGGACAUGGCCUACAAGGCUGCCGACCAAGAGCGUGCGAUGCGGGAGCUUCUCGACGAGCUGGCGGCCGAGCGCCGAAAGACUGCGAGACUCCUCGCGGCAGCCGGUGGUGUAUCCUCUCCAAAGGGCCCCCAUGUGCGCCUCGAUCAGCAGACGCACGGGACUGGUCCUGCAUCGGAGGGAUCCAUCGUCGAGGAUCUGGAAGUCGAUGCGGCGGUAGAAGAGCUCCAAUACCGACGCAGGAUGAACAACUGGCGUAGCAGCGGUGGCGCUGAUAGCUUUGACACCGACGACGAUAGCAUGGCGGAGGUCGAGAGCGUAUUUUCGCGCUCCAGGAGUUCCACCACGACUGACGGCCUCAGCUCCGCCCUGCCGAGAUCUCCUUCCUCGGUCACCAUGGCACCGCCAUCGGUCCUGACCAAGACGGCCCCGAAGUCAUCGGCUAGCAAAGGUGUGCUUCCUCAGCGGUCCGCACCGGUUCAGCAAAAGCACCAGUCCAUGACUGCUUUCCAAAAAUUAGUAAGGAAUGUGACGUCUGCAUCGCCGAUAGACAACGGUGUUGGCUCUGCCAACUGUGCAAACUGCCGCGGCCAAGACGCCGGUAUGGCUUGGGACACGGUUGGUCUUCUCAAAGACGAGAACAAGGCUUUGAAGCAAAGAGUCGGCGAAUUGGAGGGUGCUGUCGAGAGCGCGCUUGAUCUAGUGAAUGGGGUUGGGUUAUGA